AUGUCCGGCAACAUUGAACAGAAGAUAGUGUUAUCAUUACAGCUUAUUCAGAACUCACCCAUUUCUCUUUUUGGCAGCCUUCAUCUCAGCUCCAACUAUAUCGUAGUCGCUCGACUUCCAUUUUCUUUAUUUGAUGUGGACUCACAACUUGUUUCCAGGACAGAAUAUCCUAUUUCAGAAGGCUGCCCAGACGAAACCGUCAUGACCGAACUUGAGGACCCAGUUCCUCGAGUAAUGGCUCUUCAGCCUUGCGUAGAGGUUGAUCGCUCUGAAUUCGUGGACGACGAAGGUGUUCCUCCUAGACAAGGACUGAAAGACGCGUUGUGGAGCUAUCGACACUCAGCCGUAGAGCCUUGCCAUCAAUUGAAGGACUUUCUUGCAGAGGAAGCCGUGGAUUAUUCUGGUAGGACGAAUAUUCUAAUAGAGUGCGACGUGGUAUUUCAGUCGAAUUUUGAGCUUGGAUCUAAAAGGGAUGUGAGAAAUUUCGGCUCCCCUCUGGUGAGUUCUGGACUUAUUUCUAUCGGCAGACACGUUCUGAGGGGACUCUUGUUCGGCACAGGAGGGGGUUUGGGAGGACUUAGUGGUCGGAAACGGCCUGUGGAUGCUGCAGGAUUGGCCAAAGGGAGGGCCGGCUUGAAGGUUUUGACUCUGAGGUUGCUUCAUCUCAACCAAGAAGCUGUGGCUGACUUUUCGAGUCUUUUGGGUUCGUUGAGCUGCCCAGAGGAAUACUUCUGCUCAGAACUUUUGGGCUGUGAGCUACGUCCUCCAAAGAGCUGCAGGUUGGCAAAGCAAGAGUUCGUGGCAGACCAUAUGUACGAAUUGGACUUCUCGAGCUGCUUAGGGAAGGAGGUGCUUCUAGUAAUGGGCGGUGAGGCUGCGUCAUCAAAAUCAUCCUCCUUCUUGGUGGUGGAAGGGGAUCGUAUUCCCCUGGGUCUAGAGUAUUCGCGAGAGGGACCAAUUGAGGUCCAUGGUGACGGAGAGAACAGUGUGCCGGCGUCGCUACUGCACAUUACCUGCGUGAUGGCGCCAUGGAUUCCUAGCGAUGUUGAGCUUUUGGGCUGUGGAAAGGCUGAUACCUUGAAUUCAACUGCCUCCAACUGCAUGUUGUCUAUGGAUCCGCAUCAACAGGUGGCACUCGCCAAGAUCGGCUGUUGCUCUAACGGCACCCCAUGGGACGGCGCCGACCGCUCUGCGCCAAACAAGCGCGUGGGCGGCGAGGCCGCUGAGAUGGGCGAACAGCAGGCGGAUGUUGCAGAGAUUCAGGCUACAAGAGCAACCGAUGAGGUCGGGAGGCUGCAAACAGACAACGAAGUCGUCUCCCUUGACAUGAAGCUCUCACGCCUGCACGUCUGCGCUCCUGCUCUCCGCCGCCCAACAGACCAUGAAUGA